UUGCGUCCAACUCGCAACAACAACUAUGGCUGCCUCCUGCUCGUUGGUGUGUUGCGAAGAGGAGAGUGAUUCCGACAAAGCUGUUAUUGAUAUCGACACGGUCCUCGUUAUGUUUCGCCUUCUCACAGUCCGCUUUUCCAACGGCAACGUCAAAAAUGCCGACAAACUGGAUUUCACGAUGUACAAGAACGCAGACGAGAGUAACCCCAGGAAAAAGAGCAGGCGGAUAAUGGCUGUGGAAUCAGGCAGAAUGUCCUACGUUGGAAAUAACUUCGGAUCCGGGUCUUUGAAAUGCAACAACCUUUGCAAAUAUUAUGUGGGAGUGCUAAACAGGGAGACCAUGCAAAUGGAGGUGCACGAGGCUCAGCUGUUCAACAUACAGCCUGUCCUACCAGGAGAGGCUAUGGAGGAACCGAAAGCCCAGGACACGACCCAGACCUACAGAGACAAGGUGGAUUCUUUGAUUGAGGCAUUCGGCACCAACAAACAGAAGAGAGCUCUGAGCUCCCGCAGGCUGAAUCAGGUGGGCGGUGAUACCCUGCAUCAAGCGGUGACCAAGGCUGCCAACACCGUGAUCAACCAGAAGGGUCUGGAAGCUCUCCAACAGGAAGUUGCUGAAACAGAGGCCCAGGGAGACCUGUCUCUCCACCUGCCCCCCUGCAAUGCAACCGCUGACAGACCUGAGAACGUCUACUUAUUUGACGACCUCCUGAGUCCAGUGGAGUUUGGGGCUUUGGAGCAGGCUGGCUCCAAGAUGGCGGCACUCACCUCUGAGGACAUGCAGAAGAUGCGAGACGACGGAGGGUCCUUGUGUGUGGCGAAGCACCUGGAGAACCUGCCGACCGUGGGUGAAGCCAGAGACAGAGGGUCACGCCUCGCCUUUUACCUGUCGAUGCUCCUCAAGCUGGCGCGACAGAAGAACGUCUACUACAAGUUUGGGCAGGAGGAAGGCUGCCCUCGCAUCGUUCAGACCAAACUGCUCAAAACGUUCACCGUGGAGACUUUCAACAACGGCAGGGUCCAUAACAUAGUGUCGUCAUCGAUGCGUGCCAAAUUAGCGGCGUACUCCCUGGCCCUGCUGCUGCACAUGACUCACAUGACCGGCGACCUCACGUUACUGCACCGCGACCUGGGAAUCACGGAGGCCAGGAUGACUGAAGUAGCAAAGUCGAUGGGACUGACUCUAAGUAAACCGCCCCGGGGGAAGGCCGACAAGGCUGAGCCGCGAGACACAAACCGCCAGGCCUCUCUGGUUCUGCCUCUGGUCAAAUACGAUCCGUUCAUUGAGAGGCGGAAACGUAAGAAGAUGCACUGAGGGUCACGAUAAGAACCGAGUAGGGAAGGAGGACUGUACCAAUUGGAAAUGCCACAAACAAGAAGUGUUUAUUAAUGCGUUUUGUAGACAAAUAAAGUGGUGAACUUUGAGUUGUACAUGAUAUCGCUACUUAUUGCUUACUGUGCAAGAUACAAAAAAGCGGACACAUUAGGGAUGACGGAGAACAUCCGGCGUCGACGGUAAAAACAGAGGCACAUUUGACAAAAGCACAUAUUGCACACCUAAUAUCCAUUUCCCUCUAUAACUGGCUAUCACCAGAUGAGUGUGUGUGGUUGCACAAAACGCAGACUCACCAGGGUAUGGAUCUGUGCAAGCAGAAGUGUGGCCUUUUUUUUUUUUUUUUUUUUCCCCCCACACUAUGAACACUCCCUCCCUCAGCUACAAUCAUUGAAUAAAAUAAACAAAAAUCCAACAAGGCACAGCUUUGUUUUGUAGCGUGGUUGGAGCUGACAUCUCUGAAGCCCGAGACUCCUCGGAUUUAAAAAAAUGUGCUCUUCCCAACCAGCGAGUCUCGGAAGCAAACGUGACGGAACCAACGAAGUCUACAGCAGGUCUGCACAUGAAUAUGUGAACGUAAAAACCACACGAUUAAGUUAAAGCUUCAGUAUGGAAAAGAUGUAGGGUGACGACGAUGCUUUGAACUCCAGCUCCACUUCAUUAGCCAACAUUUUGUUGAGUGCACUGACCAUUUGAUCAUAAAGUUACGAAAGUCUGGUUUCAGAUUUACAAAAGGUUGUGGCACCCUAAAGUACUGGAAGGGGGAAGGCCCCUUUAGUGGUUAGACUGGGAGCAGUUAAUAGACCUCUAACAAGAGGGCAUCAUUUUGGAAGGUCUUCUCCGAGGAGGAAGGUCAGAGCGCUCCAAAUGUUCAGUGUAUAUACACACACACCAGUUCAGAAGUGAGAAGACGCUGACCUCUGUCAGUCCGAGUGGUUUCUGAGUGCUUGCCAGCGUUCACAGGAUGGAGCAGAACAUGCUGCCACUGUGGCAACUACUCUCCACAGUGGCACUGAUCCGGGUCGUCAUGGACAUUCCCAGUCUGGAGGGACACUGGGACGAGGACAGGCCAGACGGGGAGCUGGCCAACGGACGAGCUGGAGGGUUUUCCAGAACCCAGAGAGGAGCAGAUGUACUGCUACAUGGAGCAAAGAGGUAAAGUAAGAGGUAAAUACCAGGCAGAACAUUCAUACAAUAAUCAGGAGCAGUGCAGAUGUUAAUCCUGCAAAAAAUGAGGUUACUUGGGUUACUUUUGGGUAGCAGAAACACUGAGAUAUCACCUUUUUAAAAUGAUAUGGUGAGACUGGACAAAAAGGAACAUUGUGGAGCAUUUAGGGGGAUCAAUUGACAGCAAUGGAAUAUGAUAUAAGUGUGUUUUCUUCAGUGUAUAAUACCUGGAAAUUAGAAUCUUUAGUUUUUCUCUAGCUUAGAAUGAGCUACAUACGAGUGGUCAUCACAGAGUCGGCCGCCAUGUUUCUACAGUAGCCCGCAGCGGACAAACCCAACACUGGCUCCAGAAGGCACCAUUCACACAUGGCACACUGGAGCUGUUUUAGUUGGUUUCAAUCUGCCACCUCACCACUAGAUGUCACCAAAUCCUACACACUACACCUUUAAUAUUGUUCUGAAUUAACCAUUCAGACAAAGGCUGUGUAAAAUUUUUUUUAUUUUUUGUCUUUCCAAAAUUAUAUCACAUUGCUUGAUUUUAAGUCUAACCCUAAAUGUUUUUUGAAGGAGGAUCCCCAAACCUAAUAUCUUUUAUUCACUUUAGAAAUUCAUGAUUUAAUGAUUGCUGAUACUGACCAAAACACACGCAAACCUGGGACUAAGGGGACUACUGGUGCUUCCUGUGUCUGUCCGUCAUUGUUUUUGGCUGAAAACUGCUGUCUUCUGCAGCUCAGAAAAUGACCCUAUGAGAGCGGCGAGUGAAUCAAAGCUGCACUGCUGCACUGAGACUUGUUAUAAAGCUGAGGAGAGCUGCAGAUUCAGGUGACGAUUGUCAUCACUGUGAUCCACUAAGAUAAAAUGUUCUCCAGUCUGUGUGGACAGGAGAAGAAAAGGGGAGAUGAGAGAAGACCGUAAAGCCACGGAGGGUCUGAAUCUCUGGCUUUUUUUUUUUGUCAGUUGCCUAGUUACCUGUUAUUAUGCCUUAGAACACUGUUGUUGCGCAACACACAGCUCUCAUUGCCAGGAUCCAUAUGUAGCAGCGGCUUCUUGUUUCCCGGGUGGCCCUGGAAUAAGAGAUUGUCAUGGACGACACCUUUCACCGGCCCGAGCACA